UAAACAAUACAAGUGAUGACAAAAAUAAUAAAAGAAAAAAGAAAAAUAAGGAUUCUUUAGGGUUUUCUAUAUAUCAUGUCAUCUGUGAACAAAGAUAAUUUUUUUAGUAGUUUGUAGCCUUCAUUAUUUGUAGUGUAUUCCUUUGGCUUUGGUAACCUGGUAAUGCUGAUACCACAGAGACUAUUUUGAUAUUUUCCUUUAUCAUCAUUCCUUGGAAAUGCUUGAGGACUUUUGAAGUACUUUCUCAUGAAAUGUUUGUUCGAAUUAUCCAGUGAAUUCAUCAGACUUAGGACUUUUCCUUGUUCAGUUUUCUUUUAUUAUUCUUUCAAUUUACACAGUAUUCAGCAGUAGUGAUUUUUUUAAAAAAUUUCUUUGUGUUAUAGUUCAGGUAGGUUAUACCUUUCUUUGGAAGUUAUACUUAUCUAUUGGUAUCAAUUUGUGGGCAUAUAAUUAUCCAUUGUCACUUCUUAUAAUUAUUUUUAUUUCAGUGGUAUCAGUUACACUGUGUUUACUUUCACUUCACUUGGGAUUUUAGUUGCUCUUUUUUCUUUCAUUCUGACAUGAUUAAAGGUCUAUCAAUUUUGUUGAUCUUUUUUGAAAGCCAAAUCUUCCGAUGGUUGUUAUGGUCUUAUUUUUACUGUAUCCUAUUUUGUUGAUUUUGGCUUUAAGUUUCCUUGUGUGUUAAUUUUGGGCUCGUCUGGUACUUUUCCUGAUUAUUCGAGGUAGAGGAAAAUGAUUUGUGCUUUAGGAUGGCAAUACUACAGAAUUAUCUGUUAGGGUAUAGGGUCAGUUCAUUACUUGCAACUUUAUGUGUCCAUGGAGGAGAGGGAGACAGAGAAUCUGAAGCAAGCUCCAGGCUCUGAGCUCUCAGCACAGAGCCAGAUGUGAGGCUCGAACUCACAAACCCUGAGAUUAUGAUCUGAGCCAAAGUCAGACGCCUAACCGACUGAGUAACCCAGGUGCCUCCUUGCUGACAUUUUCUGAUUGAUUUUAAGGUUGUAUAAUAGAAGUUGUCAUUAUAUUCAUCUGAGAGUAGUAAGUGGAAUGAUUUUACUUUCCUGUUAUUUGAUAUCUUUCAGCUGUAUCUUCACAUGGCACCCAGAGCUUCCUGUAAAACCUUGCUUAGAACCUUUUAUCUAAUAAGUGUCAGUGGAUACAUAUACAUAUAGUACCCUUGAGAAUUUGCACUUAAUGAUAGACUGGGCCAAUAUUGGGGAGAGUGAAGGGCAUCAAACAUACCCUGAUGAACCUAUCCAGAGACAACUGUCCAUAAGAAGAGUCUCACCGCCCAAAAUGGUAAAGGAUAUAAAGGUUUUUGCAAAACCUCCCCUUUUAAGUCAGCUACUUCUGUAAAGCAGUGUGUUUCAGUAAAAAAAAAAAAACUGAAAUCAAAUAUUCAAACAAAUAUUUGUCUAAAGAAAAUUUGGAAAACCUGGAAUGUUACUCAUCCAUGUUGAAAAUAAGCAUUUGAACCAAUUUGAAAAUAGGAUUGCAUUGACCUUUCAGUCAAAUAUUUCUGAAAAAUCAGAGAUUUAGAAAUGAAGAAGAAAGUGUUAAGUGGUAUCAGUUUGAAGAAUACAUCUCAAAGAAGUUGACCCAAAGGGGUAUCAGUUUGAGGAAUACAUCACAAAGAAGUUGACCCAACAAAAUUACCAGAGUAUGUUUAAUGGAAAUAGAAUUGCUCAUUGCAGUGAAUCUGAGAUAAAAUUUAACCAGGGCUCAAAUGUUAACAAAUGUAUGAACACAUUUUCCAGAGAAACAUUAUGAAUGUAAUGAAUGUAGGGAAAUCUUCUAUCAAAGCUCAAAACUUGUUAUACUAAAGAGUACAAAUAUGGGAGAGAAUCCUUAUAAAUAUAAUGCAUGUGGGAAAGAUCUGAAGGAGUCCUCCAGUGUUGGUGAUCAUCAGACGAUUUGUGAGGGGAAAAACCCAUACACAUGUUAUAAAUCUGGAAGUAUGUUCAGUCAGUCACCAAGACUAAAUACACAUGAGACAAUUGGUACUGGAGAGAAAAGGUACACUUAUAAGGAAUGUGGCAUAGACUUUCAUUGGCACUCGGCACUAUCUCAACAUCAGCAAAUGCAUGCUGGAGAGAAAUCAUACAAAUGUGAAGAAUGUGGUAAAAGCUUUAAGGAUUGCUUAUCACUAAAUAGACAUGGGCAAAUCCAUAUUAGAGAGAGACUUGACAAAUGUCAACAAUGUGGCAAGGCCUUUAGCAGGCACUCUUACCUUCCUAGACAUCACAGCAUCCAUACUGGAGAAAAACCUUACCAAUGUAAGGAAUGUGGUGAGGCCUUUAGCCACCUCUCAACACUUACUCACCAUCACAGAAUGCACAGUGGAGAGAAACCUUACAAAUGCAAGGAAUGUGACCAGGCCUUUAAUCACGGUUCAACCUGUACUCAUUAUCACAGAAUUCAUGCUGGCAAACCUUACCAAUUUAAAGAAUGUGGGAAAAUGUUUAGGGACUAAGCAACCCUUACUCCAAGUCAGAAAAUUCCUAUUGGACAGUAA